AUGGCGCGCGGAAAGUCGCAGCCGCAGGGGGCAUCGCGGUCCCGUGGCAAACGUCCUUCUCGUCGCGCCCGUACUACAGUCUCCGAAGCCUCCGAUCUUUCCCUCGGUAAAACUCGCUCCCAAACGCGAGCUUUACGUGCCGAACAGUCUCAAGCCGAUUCGUUGCCCUCACCACCGUCUCAACCCGGAGAAUCAGUCGCUCGUCGGAGCGUUCGCAUCGCUGACAAACCUCUCCAAAGCCUAGCAGAGGAGGGUACUCCUACGCCUGAUAACCGCCGGCAAGACCGUGACUACGACCCAACAGGAACUAGAUUUCCUACGCGAUCAGCUGCUCCGAUCACACCUCAACCUCAACACCCUCACGAGGAGGACGUGAACGCGACACCGAUUGGAAACGUUGACAGUCCUGAUGCGGACGAACGCUGCGCGGUCUGCUUGGACAAGGUGUCACCACGCACCAUCCAAUUAUGCCAUAUCCUCCCGCGUAAAUUUGGAGGUUCCGAUCUCCUGCGUGAUAUGGAAGCCGCGUGGCGGUAUACCGAGGGAGAGUACAACCAGGACACCCGUUGGGCCCAAAUAUAUCUCUGCUGCAAUUGGCACUAUGAAUUUGACAAAGGCGGCUGGAGCAUACUUCCAAGCACGGACUUCCUCGACGACAUCUACGCUGAGAUUGACUUACCACGAAAAAGAGAAAAUAGAUCCUCGUACUUGGAUUGGCGUUCACGAUUGCAGUCCAAUCAGCCCGUUCCCCCCGAGUAUUGCUUGAUUCCGCUGAGGAUGCUCAUUGACAAGCGGCCCAUCUUCCGACACAGCGGACAAAGCGCAGGGGAAGGUAAAGCGGAGCACCUGGUAUACGACCCUAUCAUGCCGCCCUACAAGGACGUAGCCAUUGACCUUCCUAUGCAUCCCUUCCCUCUUAUCGCUCACUUCAAUACCGCAUGGUCGAUGCUCACCCUGGACGAGAAAAAGACCGUGAAGCGACUCCUGGAUCCGGAUCACAGGAAUCGGAUUGAGAUGGCCGAGAAGAUAUGGAAAGCAUGGCGUAAAUGCCCCCGCCCACCCGCGAACAGUGGCGCAGGAGUGGGUCCAGGUGGCGGUGGCGGCGGCGCUGACAACGACGACGGUGGCGGGUCAGGCGAUGGGAGUCAUGAGAAGGAUACGCGUGAAUCAAGCAGAAAUUCCAAGAAGUCUCGAAGAAAACGUGACACUGGCGAUGAUCAAGGGAACGCUGAUAGUCGACCUCAGCCCAACGGGAGUGGUCUCAACGAUUCCAUGAUGACCACCACCUGUCCCACACUGGCGGACUCCUAUCUCGAUUCCAGUGGUCAUAACAGUGACAUCUCGGCGACCUCGAGCGUUGAACCGUGGUUGGAUCAACGAGGCGAUGAUUCUUUAUGCAUCGGCUCGAAAUCCGAUGAGAGCGAUGACAACGACUACAACCCUCUGCCAGAACUCGCUCCACGAGUCUGGAUUGAUAUCGAUGGAUGGACUAUUCAAAUCAAAGAGGGAGACGAGUUUCUUCGGAGUCGAGGCAAACCACCAGCCCCUCCGAGGACUUCACCGAAAUGGGACAAGGAGCUCGCCCAGUACAUGGAAGAAAGAGCGCGUUCUCCCCCGCAUGAUCCUGAUUGGACGAAAUGGGAGGCUGAUACGCAUUGUAAAUGGGAGACCGCUCUUCGUCCUACGAAGCGGCGGAAGACCGUAGGAUAG